GGCGGUCGCCAGUUCGCCCCAUCCAUGGCACUACACUGUGGAGGCCAUGCUCCAGGAUUCCAAGGGCGUCCUGCACAUCCCGCCGCCGGAGGUGAAGGAGCAGCUCCACCACAUACCGACCGGUACACCGCCAAGGCUCCUGGGCCUCCUCGUCAUGGCGACCUGGGCCAAGCCGGUGGUCUUGGGCGAGGGCUUGGACGAGGACCGCCAUUGGGCGGCCGCGGCCCGCAUGAAGCACUCGCUGGUUGGCUGGCCAACCCUCGAGCCGGCGUUGGAGGCCAUCCUGGAGUUUCGCCGGGAGUGGCGCCACGACCUCGUACGCAUCCGGCGGGACGUCCUUAGAGAGCUCCAGGAGAUGGUCGAGGACGCCGCGGACGACACUGACGCCUGGUUGGCGACCUUGCCCGACCACGUGCGGGCCACCUACGUCACCGAGGAUAGGCCCCGCCCCUUUCAGGGCCUGGUGCUCGACCGCCUGCUCCGCGGCGUGGGCUACCCCGCGGCGGACGACCUCCAGCAGGACGUGAACGCCGGCUUCGAUAUGCUGGGGCCGGUUCGCCCGGCUCCAGGGUGGCGGCCCCGCUCCGACGAGCGCUACGCCCGCCCCGAGGGGCUGGACAGGCUGAGGCGGGAGAACCCGCUCUAU